UGACCGAGCGCUUGAGUCAGUGUUGAAACGGUAAGCCAAGUGAGCUGCUUAGAGCAGUGCAAAGCGUACAUUCUACUACAAAUAAGCAAGAUCUCAGCAGGCUAAAAUCAAGCACGUUUAGCAGAGGAUCUAACAACAAAAUAUAUAUUUAAAAUGUGUAGUUUACGGCAGUUUACAUUAAUACUCUUGGCCUGCCAGCUAGCAAUAUGCCAGACGCACGGCUACGCCAUACACCAUGAGCCCAGCGAGCGACGCAUGCAUCCAGUCUUCAAUUUCAAGGCCGCACUGCCGACGCAACAUAACAUCGGCAAGCGCUCCAUGCCAAUGAUCAACUUCGACGCACCGAAAACGGAAGAGGAAUAUUCGCACUACUGGAACACAGUUGGACAGAACAUACUAGAGAAGCAGAUAGCCGAGAAAUCAACGCUCAAUACAAAUUUGGCCAAGAAUAUAAUAUUCUUUUUGGGUGACGGCAUGUCCAUACCAACUUUGACGGCGGGACGUGUCUAUUUGGGCGGCGAAGAAAAACAAUAUAGCUUCGAACGCUUCCCAUAUGUGGGCCUGAGCAAGACCUACUGCACCAACACACAGGUUGCCGACUCCGCCUGCACGGCUACUGCUUAUCUCGGCGGCGUAAAAACGAAUUACGGCACAAUUGGUGUAUCGGCUGCUGUCGAGCCGAACGAUUGCUUGGCACAAAACAAUACCCUCCAUCACGUCACUUCGAUUGCCGCAUGGGCGCAAAAGCAGGGCAUGGCAACGGGUCUAGUCACCACUACUUCGGUGACGCAUGCCUCCCCCGCAGGCGUCUACGCGCACAUCGCCAACCGCAAUUGGGAAAAUGACGCCGAAGUGCUUUCCGAUAACGGCGAUCCGCAUAUCUGCACUGACAUCGCGACACAGCUGGUGCACGGCGAAGUCGGACGCAAUUUGAAUGUUAUCUUAGGCGGUGGACGCAAACAUUUUCUGCCGAAUACAGUGCGCGAGUUGGAGGGUGAGCUUGGCCAACGUCUGGACGGACACAAUUUGAUUAACGAAUGGCUGACUAUGCAUGGCAACGACGCACACUACGCGCAAACACGCGAUGAGCUGUUGAAUUUACCCGCUUCCACCAAACGUGUCAUGGGUCUCUUUGGCGCCAAUCAUAUGCCUUUCCAUCUGGAUGCGGAUGCCCAGCUGACGCCCACACUCGCCGAGAUGACCGCAGUUGCAUUGGAUAUACUGGAGCGUCAGAGCAAUGGCCGUGGUUUCUUCCUCUUCGUCGAGGGCGGACGCAUUGAUCACGCACAUCACGACACACUCGCCUUGAAAGCUUUAGAUGAGACGGCCGAAUUUGACAAGGCCAUCGCAUUGGCGCGCGCACGCACCGACGUACGCGAUACACUCACCGUGGUCACCUCGGAUCACUCGCACACAAUGUCAGUGGCGGGCUACUCAUCGCGCAAGAACGAUAUUAUUGGCGUGAAUAACGGUCAACUGGGCGAUGAUCAACUACCCUAUGCGACGCUCAGCUAUGCAAACGGUCCCGGCUUCGACUACAACGUCUUCAAAGCGAAUGGCGCCAUAAAACGCAAGAACUUGAACAAGAUCAACAUGAAACACAAGGACUAUCCAUUCCCCAGCAUGGUGCCGCUCGAAUCGGAGACGCAUGGUGGCGAUGAUGUCGGCGUAUUCGCAAUUGGUCCAUAUGCGCAUCUCUUCACCGGCAACUACGAGCAAAACUACUUGCCACAUGCGAUUGGCUACGCGGCGUGUUUACAGAGCGGUAACGACGUGAAAAGAACAGCGUGUACGGAUGGACUGCUGAAUGGGCGGGUUUGAGUGACAACAACACCAAGCGAGCGGUAGAGUUAGUUUACAAUGAGAGAAUUUAGUUUGGGAGCACCUGAUAACUUAGAGUUACUACAAUAUUCAUGUAUUGGUUAAUUUAUUGCUGUUUUAGGUAAUGAACAUGUGUAAAUGUGUAGGCGCGUGUGAUUUAUAG